AUGAACCCUGAUGUGCGACCCCCUCGGCCCCGUAGCCGCGAUGACUUCGAGAUCGCCAUCAUCUGUGCCUUGGUUCUGGAACGCAAUGCUGUGGAGGCACUUCUAGAAGAAGAAUAUGAGACCGAUGGCUUUUCGUACGGCAAGGCUGCCGGAGAUUUGAAUGCCUACACCACCGGACGGCUGGGGAAUCAACAUGUGGUGCUGACCUAUAUGCCAAGUAUGGGUAUCGCCAGUUCAGCGGCGGUAGCCGCAAACCUUUGCACCAGCUUUAGAGGAAUCAGGCUUGCCAUCACAGCUGGUAUUUGUGGCGGCGCCCCAAAAGCUCCUGAUGGUACCGAGAUCCUGUUAGGCGAUGUCAUCGUCAGCAUGUCGGUGAUUCAGAUGGAUUUUGGCAGGCAAUACCCAAACACAUUCGUCAGGAAGAAAGAGAUCGACGAUACUCUAGGGCGGGCGAAUCCAGAAAUUCGAGCAUAUAUCGGGAAGACUUCAGGCCAUCUAGUCCAAGAGAGGCUUCGGGAGAAGAUUGCCAUCUUCUCCGCCCACAUCUCCGCCACAAAGGGGUUUUCGGGAUUCGUCUAUCCUGUACCAGAAAAUGACAGACUCUAUCCUGCUGACUAUCGACACAAGCACCGAACGCAAAACUGCAGUGCUUGUGGCCAUUGUGUGGAACCAGACGACGGUGUGUGCGAGGCUGCCCUCCAGAGUUCCUGCGUAUCCCCGGAUGGACGCCAAAUGACAUCUGCAGCUAUUCAAGAUGCCAAAAAGCCAGCAAUUCAUACAGGACGCAUAGCGAGCAGCAACACCGUCAUGAAGAGUGGUAUGCACCGAGAUCGUGUUGUGGCCGAGGAGAAGGUUCUUGGGUUUGAGAUGGAGAGUGCAGGUAGCUGGGAAUACGUCCCUACAAUUGCCAUCAAAGGUGUGUGUGACUAUGCUGAUAGCCACAAAAACAAACAAUGGCAAGCCUACGCGGCUGCUACAGCAGCCGCUUGCACCAAGGCGAUGCUGGAAGAGUGGAGAAGCGUGCAAAGCCCGCCUCGGGAUCCAGACGAACAGACACGCCGAGGGCCCGUUUCAAUCACACAUCCCGUGCACUGGACCAUCACUCGCUCUGCCAACACAUUGUUUGUCGGACGAAAUGAUGUGAUCCAUGAGUUGGAUACCAUCGUGUGCGAGGCUAUCAAGAAUCCAGCGCCGAAGACUCAAUGCAGGAUUGUCAUUUCCGCUAUGGGUGGCCAGGGUAAGAGCGAGGUCUGCUUGCAACUGGUCCAGCGCGUCCGUACACUAUUCUGGGGAAUCUUCUGGGUCGACGUCAGCACCAAGUCUUCGGCAGAGAACGGUUUCUUGGACAUCGCGAAGCGUGUAAACCCUCCCGCACAGACAUGGGAGCACGGGCGGCAAGGGCUAGCCAACGUUCAGCAACCAUGGAUCUUGGUGUUGGACAAUGCUGACGACCCGGUCAUCGACUACUCCGAGCAUUUCCCACCUGGACCGUCAAGCGUAGUGGUGCUAACGUCGCGCAAUCACGAGUUCCAGCAAUAUGCGACUGCCCGGCACAUUGAUCUAGAAGGCCUUCCUGUCGCUGAUGCCCGAGAACUCUUGUUAAAAGCGGCACGCUUGCAGGGAGAUGAACGGCCGAAUCUGACAGCUGAUGCAAACAAAGUGGCCGAGCUGCUUCAUUUGCACCCUUUCGCGCUUAUUCAAGCCGGAACAUAUGUAGCACGUGGCCACUGCACCCUCGCCGAACACCCUGAAGUGUACGCACGUCAAAGGAAAAAACUACUCACCUUCCGCUCCAUCCAGGCUCGGUCUCGGUACCGCGACGUUUACACAGCCUUCGAGGCCUCGAUCGAAACCCUUCGUCCAAUCUCGGAGGUUUCAGCCCACGACGCGCUCGAACUGCUGCCCAUGCUGGCAGUAUGUGGGGCGAAUCGUAUCCCCCUUGAGCUAUUUCGAGUUGGCUGGAAGGGUGCACAACACUUCAUCUCCAAAAAUGCAUGUGACCGAAGUGACCAGAGGCGAUCGCUGACAGAGUGGCAUAUCUCUCGUUUUCCAUUAUUGAUGCAAGUUGGUGCGGAAGACUGGGAUCCCUUUCGCCUCAUGGAAGCCUUGCAGAUGCUGAAAGCAUUCGGCCUUGUCUCGGUCGAGGAGUCUGACGAAGGUGACAGGCGCGUUUCAAUGCACCCCCUAGUUCAUGCCUGGGCGCGAGAUCGCCAGGGUGACCAGCAACGGCACGAAUCCUGGCUGAAGAUGAGUUCUCUCAUCGCCGUAAGCUCCAUUGACGACAACUUCUUGAGCAAGAUCGGGUGGCGGCUGCAAGCCCAUCUCCAGGCUGUCACAUUGUGGCCCAUGCAGUCGAUCUUUGGUGAGGACCCAGCCUCAUUGAUAGUAGACGUGUUGUUGCAGAUUGGGAGUAUAUGCCAAACUUUCAGAGAUGAAAAACAGCUCGCUUUGAUAGUAGAGAGGUUGUUCACACACUUGAAUCUAGACCCUUCAAAGGUGAAUGAGCAGUGGGUGGACAUAUACGAACUCAAGGGGGCGAACUUGGGAUUGUCUGGAAGAUUUAACGAGGCAAUAGCACUCCUGACGCAGGUGGUGGAGAUGAAGACGGGCACACUUGCGAAGGAGGAUCCUGGCCGACUACACUCAAUGUACUUGCUUGCAUUGGCAUAUAAAGGUGACGGGCGAGUUAUGGAAGCAUUGACAUUGCUGGAACAGGUAGUCGAGAUAAAGAGCCACACCCGCCCGGAGACAGAUCCUAGCCGACUGGCUUCGAUGUAUGCGCUGGCGAUAGUGUACUAUGGUGCCGGACGAGCUCAAGAAGCAUUGUCCUUGCUAGAAAAAGUGGUCGAGAUUAGCAGUCGCUGA